CAGCCAACCCUAUCGCCGGGAUGUGUGGAGGGGAGGAGAGCCAGGUACUAUAAAUUCAGCAGCCCGGGCACCGCUCCCCAUCCUGCUGGUGAACCCAGAGGAAGCUGCGGCGAGAUGAGGACCAUGGGGCUGAGCCUGGGGCUGGCGCUGCUCUGCCUCCUGCGCGUGGGGGCUGAGGACCUUGGUGCUGCAGAGCUGGACAUGAGCAAGAUUGCAGGGAAAUGGCACAUCACGGCUAUGGCCACGGACAAUGAGAGCUACCUCCAAAAGAAGGAUCUGCUGAAGAUGGCAAUGACGUCCAUCGAGGUCCUGGGGGACGGUGACCUCAAUGUCUCCUUUGCUAUUCCCACCCCGGGGCAAUGUAUGAGACUGAUGUCGAUCUACAAACCAACAGGAGUUCAGGGUCAAUACUACAGCUCUGACAGAGGCUAUAAGACAGCGCAGGUGGUGGACACGGACGGCAAGACAUAUGCAGUGGUCUUUGCCACCAGAGUGAAGGAUGGGAAGACCCUGCAUGCCCUGAGGCUCUACACCAAGACCCGGGAGGUGAGCCCCAGGCUGGCAGUGCUCUUCAGGAAGCUGGCAAGGCAGAGGAGCUUCACCAACGACAUGAUCGUCAUGCUGCCCGCCCAGGACGAAUGCAGCCUCGAUCAGGUGUAGGAGGUGCAGGCUGGCUGGUGGCUGCUCCUGCCAAGCAACGCAAGACCCACACUCUGAAGCUCCAGGCUGUUGCUUCCGCAUGCUUCUUCUGAGCUCAGUGGUGAAGGCCAUGAGACAUCCCCCUCUUCUCCAGCAUUCAAUCCCUCCUUCUUGCCAAAUAAACAGCAACUCACCCCAGA